AUGUCUGCUCCCAUUCAAACUAUUGACACAAUGACAGAGACAGAGCCACUGUUGGGCUCACAUACGGUCAAGCCAGCCCAGCAUCCAAAGAAAUUAUUGGUUUGCAUCGUAUGUGCUAUAUUCUUGUUAUCGGCCGACUUCGGGUUUUUCAUGUCCUCCGCGCCCCAAAUCGCUGUAUAUGAGGAAAUCAUCUGUCGAAACUACCAAGCGACUCUUCGUGGGGCGGGAAAUGAGACUCUGACUCCACCAGUGUCCAACCCGUGUAAAUCCGAGGCUGUACAAGGAGAACUGGCGCUUGUGAUUGGGUAUCAGAACACAUUCGAUGUGGUCCCUGGUCUUGUCCUCUCCCUCCCAUAUGGCGUCCUCUCAGACCACUGGGGGCGGAGGCCUAUCAUUUAUCUUAGUAUGCUGGGCAUUCUACUCGGAGAGAUUUGGGUUCGGAUAGUUUGCCUGUGGUCAAGCGUUAUACCUCUUCGGAUGGUCUGGAUGUCAUCUAUAUUCAAAAUUAUUGGCGGCGGCGACCAAGUUCUCACGGCCAUUGCCAUGGUCAUAGUUGCCGAGGUCUUCUCCGAAGAUGAGAGAGCAACUGCGCUCUUCCGUUUACAAUCUUGUGUCCAAAUCGCAGAGAUACUCGCCACUCCACUCAGUGCUUAUCUGAUGACCUUCGGUCCGAUGUUUCCGUAUAUGCUAUCAAUAUGCAUCAUCAUUGUGGGAUGCCUUCCAGCCUUGUUCCUGCCCGAGACUCUCAGGCACACAAAAGAAACUCCAUUUGAUCGAGAAAGCCCAGAGCAGGACAGCGAAAGCGUACAAUCCCAACCUCCAAGCAAGCGGUCAACGCUACAGGAGAUCACCCGACAAUUGAAUGAGUUUGUACAGUCGACACGCUUCAUUUGGACCGAUUUCAAUAUCUGUUUAAUGGUCUUUGUGAUGUUUGUUACAAUGAUGAGUCGACAAUGUACAAACCUACUUCUGCAGUAUGUGUCAAAGAAGUUUGACUGGAGUAUUGGUCGCGCCAGUCUCUUGAUCUCGCUGCGCGGGAUAUUCGCUCUUGUGACAUAUCUGGUUAUCAUGCCAAUCCUGACAUUUUUGGCCGCCAAAUACUUCAAUCUCCGCGGAAAACGUAGCGAUCAUUUCUUUAGCAAAGGCAGUGGCCUGCUUUGUAUUAUUGGACUCGCCAUUAUCUUCAUAGCCCCAACACCAGCUAUCUUGAUCGGUGGACAGGUCAUCUUGUCAAUCGGUUCGUCCUUCGUGAUCAGCACACGCAGUCUAGCUACUUCCCUCGUACAACCCGACCAUGCUGCCACCUUGUACUCGGCAAUUGCCAUUGCACAGGGUGUGGGAACACUCGUUUCGGGCCCAUUGUUUGCCAAACUCUUCCAAUUAGGCAUGCACCUUGGGCCUGCGUGGACGGGACUGCCAUUCUUGCAAGCGUCUCUCUUUUUCGCUCUUGCUGUCACCGCCCUUUGGAACAUUCGACUGGGACCGUCUCCACAGACCAAUGAUGAGGAACAGGAACAGGAACCUUUGUUAUCUCAGUAG